GGCUCCGCAGAUUUUGGACCUCAUAACUCACCUUCAGAGCUCCAGGCAUUGAAGGUUGUUACGAUCGCGCGCAAACACACCGCGGUCUAACAUCAAUUUUUGAAACACAGAGAAACUGCCUCAGCACGCUCUCAGAAUACCGCCAAAAUGUCGAACAAACAAGGAAAGAUGGCCGGUUACAUCAACUGGCGGAUGCGGGUUACUCUUAAUGAUGGAAGGGCAAUGACCGGUCAGAUGCUUGCCUUCGAUAAGCACAUGAACCUUGUACUUGCGGAUACGGAAGAGUUUCGGCGCGUGAAGCGCAAGCAAAACAAGCCCUCUGCCCCUGGCGCAAGUGGUUCAGCUACCCAGACCAUCGAGUCUGAGGAGAAGCGAACUCUUGGCCUCACGAUCGUUCGAGGCGCCCAUAUCAUCUCCCUCUCCGUUGAGUCGCCUCCUCCCGCCGAUCCUAGUGCUCGACUAGGCAAGAGUGCACCUGGUGGAAUUCCUUCUGCUUUGGCCGCUGGCCCUGGUGUUGCUCGUCCUGCUGGCCGAGGAGCUGCCCCUCCCUCCCUCGCAGGUCCUGCUGCUGGUGUUGGUGGUGCUCCUCCGCCUGGUUUCCCCGGCUUCCCUGGUGCUCCUGGCUUUCCCGGCCGUGGUGGUGAGUUCAAACAGUCCCGAUACCCUCGAAGAGUCUCUAACAGUCUCCAAGCUCCUCCUCCUGGCUUUCCUGGAAACUUCCCUCCUCCAGCUGGUUUCCCUGGAGGCGCCCAGUUCCCUCCUCCCGGGUUCAACCCUGGUGGUCCCCCACCGCCUGGAUUCCAGCCUCCUCCCCGAAGAUAG